UUCCACUAUGAUUUUGGCGUACGUUCCGCCCUGGCGCUAAAAUGGGAAUUUAGGAUUUUUGGACGAAGAUAAAGGUGAUAAGAGUGAGUUCAAGUCGUUUCCCAACUCCCGCCGUUGUUUCCGUUGGAUAAGUGGGCCGGAAAGGUGUAGGAAACUUGGAGAACUACAGCGCAGAAGAUUCACAACACCACGGCAGCUGAAACCAAACACGGAUUCCCAAACAAUCCUUUUGCAACGCUCCGAAAACCAAUCCCAAACUCACAAUCAACUGCAGAGAGGAAACCGAAAACCUGCGGCCUAGACACACGGGUGCCUCAAUACCAACAUCACGGCAAGCUUCGACGUCCAGCUCAUAUCCCUAGGAAAGAAGCCGCACUGUCGAAAUAAGAAGUUUCACAAACGCGUCUCUGAAGUGGAUACGUAGUUUGGUUGCUUUGCGCGUUAUUAUUUCUUUGUGAACCACGAUGACAAGCACGAUGACUAGACGGGGCAAAAACUGGACUGACGAAGAUACGGCGGAGCUACUGAAUAUCGUGCGAACGACGGGGCUGGACUAUCUCGACGGUACACGGAGCAACGAGAACGGCGAGCUAUUCCAGCACAUCGAGGCGGAGAUGAAACGGGCGGGUACGGUCCGGAACCGUGAUGCGCAUCAGAUUGAGCUGAGAUGGAAAACGCUUAAACAGGGGCAUGAACGCACCAAAAAGCUGAUUGAAACGAAGGGCAAGCUACCCGCGAACACGGCGCUUUGUGAGUUUUUCAACGAGCUCGAGGAGAUCGAUGACCUGGUCAUAGCUGGCAGUACCGAAAGUGCGACCCACGAGUUUGUGGAAGAGAUCGGGAUAGAAGCGGUUCCGGUGCAAGAUGAGGAAUACUAUGCAGAUAUCGUUGAGACGGAUGGGUAUGUGCAAGAGGAAGACUCACAGGAUGCUUCGAUCGAUGGGAACGCAGUCGUGAUCGAGGAGGUCAUGUACGACUCGCAAGACGGAAUGACAACCGAUGCAGCUCCAUCAGCAACCCGGUCUAGUGGACGGAACCGAACACCAGCGCGGAAAAAGCUGACGGCCGAGAAUAUGGACGCGCUGGUGGAGAAGAUUUCCAAGAUGCAGAAGGAACACAACGAACAGUUCUACAAGCGACAGAUGGAGCUGGUCGAGAACGAGUUUGAGGCGUUCCGAGAGAAGGAACGUGAGCAUUUGCUACAGCUGAAGCUCGACCUAGGCCUACUCAAUGGGAAGUACCUGCAGCGGAUAGCGAAAAUUGCUGGCGGCGAACUGUGCAACGAACCGGAGGACGCACCCAUAAACUCGAGCAAACGGCGUAAGGUCAGCGGCGCCGCGGCUUCCAAAAGGAAGUAACUGAAGUGCAGGGCCCUAGAAGUAUAUAGAACUAUAUUUUAAGUGUAAACCAACUGUGUAGCGGACUGAAUGGAACAAUUAUGUAUGUAUAAAGAUCGAACAUGUAACAGAAUAAAACUGUUCAAGAGUG